AUGUCUCAACCCUACGGUGCAAUCUCCAACGGUGAAAGCAGAGCUGAAAACGGCAUUUCUACUCAAAAUGACGAAACGCAGCCUCUGCUCGCACCAAAGCCGGGAUCUAGAUCUUGGUUGCGCACGAGAUUAGGUGCUGAUGUUCGUCGAGAUUGGGCGGAUGUUAUGCUUCUCUCGUGUUAUAUCAUAACAGGCAUUCUCGACAGUGCUUCCAUUUCCACGUGGGGUGCUUUCGUGUCCAUGCAGACAGGUAAUACGGUUUAUCUCGGUCUUGGUCCAACGGCGGGGACGAACCGGUGGAAAAAGUCUGGAACCUCGAUUCUGUCUUUUUGCAUCGGUUCCUUUCUGUUCAGCCGUCUGCAUCGAGCCUUCACGUCUAGCCCAAGACGCAAAUGGGUCUUUUGUUUGUCUUUUGGCAUUCAGACAGCGUUCAUCGUGGCAGCAGCGUCCAUUCUGACAUGGGGCCCGAAAGGCGCUGGUCCAGACGACGUGCCCUGGUACGUGAUCGUGCCAAUCGCCCUCGUGGCCUUUCAAAGCUGCGGGCAAGCCGUGGCGAGCAGAGCGCUCAAGUUCAACGCUCUAACCAGCGUCGUACUCACGAGCAUCUACUGCGAUCUGUUUUCAGAUGCGGGGUUGUUUACUGCUUCCAACGUGGAGAGGAACAGGCGUGUGGCUGCACCGGUGCUUCUUCUCAUCGGAGCCAUUAUUGGAGGAAUUAUUGCCAAGAGCGAACUGGGAACUUCAGGAGCCUUGUGGAUUGCCGCUUUGCUCAAGUUACUCGUCAUGUUUGGAUGGGCUGUGUGGCCUGCAGAUGAGGGGUCUUCGUGA